UAAGUCUGACUGUGAGAGCUCCCUGCAGCCUGCUCCCCGACAGCAUGGUAAACCCUGAAAAGGUUCUAUUGUUUGUUUCUUUGUGGAGCUAAAGUAUCCGGAAGUUGGUUUUAAUGCACCUGUUGCUCUGAAGGGGGACUUCUCUAGAUCGUGGUGCUGGGAAUACUCAGAGGUGUAAAGUCACUAAGUGCUAUUUGGAGGUUCAGGAUGAGUAAGAGGAGAGGAAGAGCGAUGGUCUCGCAGGGGAAGAGACGGAGGGUCUCAGAGGACCUGCAGACAGACUCCAGCAGCACUGGGGAGAUCGGUCUGAUAGAGAGCAUCACUCUGAAGAACUUCAUGUGUCACCAUCUGCUCGGACCCUUCCAGUUCGGACCCAACGUCAACUUCAUCGUGGGAAACAACGGCAGUGGGAAGAGUGCGAUCCUGACCGCUCUGAUUGUCGGCCUCGGAGGAAAAGCCACGGCCACGAACAGAGGGAUAUCUGUGAAGGACUUUGUGAAGACCAGCGAGACUUCUGCAGAAAUCACUGUGAAGCUGAGAAACAGAGGGCUGGACGCCUUUAAAAGAGACGUCUUCGGAGACAGCAUCACCAUCGAGAGACGCAUCUUCACCGACGGGAGCCGGACCUGCAAGCUGAAGAGCCAAACUGGACAGCUUAUCUCCAACAAGAAGGAGGAGCUGACCUCCAUUCUGGACCACUUUAACAUCCAGCUGGAUAACCCGGUGUCCAUCCUGAACCAGGAGAUGAGUAAACAGUUCCUGCAUUCAAAGAGUGAAUCAGACAAAUACAAGUUCUUCAUGAAGGCCACGCUCCUGGAUCAGAUGAAGAGAGAUUAUGUUCACAUCAAACAGACCAAGACCCUCACCAGGCAGCAGGUGGAGAGGCAGGAGGAGUCUCUGAAGGACCUGAAGCAGGACUUCCUGCAGAAGAAGGAGCGGUUCGAGACGCUGCCGUCCUUCAGCGACAUGAAGGAGCUGCUGAUGAACCUGAGGAAGAACAUGGCCUGGAGUCUGGUUCGAGAUAAGGAGCAGUUUGUGCAGCGGUUAAAGGAGGAAGUGGAGAAAGAGGAGAGUAACCAGAAACACGAGGAGAACCUGCAGCUCUGCCAGACUAAGCUCACAGCAGCAGAGCAGAAGUUGCAGGGCGUUAGGAGCAGAUCGGACGGCCUGACGCAGGAACGGGAAGCUCUAUCUGAAGGUCAUCUGAAGCUGAAGGAGCAGCUGAAGGUCGUCAGCCGAGCUCACAAAGAGCAGGAGAUCGUUUACUUCAGGGCUCUGAACAAACUCAAACAGGCGGAGCGGGAGCAGAGCCUCCUUGAGGAGAAGAUUAACAAGGCGAGAACAAGUCUCAGUGUGAGUACAGAUGGAGAGACAGAGUAUUCGAAGCAGCAGAAGACGAUCGUGAGUCUGAGGAAGCAGCUGGAGGAACUCGAGGAAACGUCUUCGCAACUGAACGAGGAAAUCAAGAACCAACAUCAGGCGCUGUUCACAGGAAGAGAGGAGCGGGACAAACUCGGGCUGGAGGAGAGGAACAUUCAGGUUCUGUACGAGUCCAAAGCAAGGAAGAGGAACCAGGUUCUGGCCAGCAGGUCCAACAAGCUGAAGCGUUUCGGAGACCAGGUUCCCGACCUGCUGCGCUCCAUCGAUGAGGCGACUGCCGCCGGACGCUUCCAGAAGAAACCCGUCGGACCCAUCGGGGCGUGCAUCAGCCUGAAGAACCCCCUGCUGGCGGCGGCGGUGGAGGCGUGUCUGCGCAGCUUCAUGAAGGCGUUCUGCUGCGAUAACUACCGGGACGAGGCGCUGCUGCAGGAGAUCAUGAGGCAGCACUAUCCGAGGGGGAACCGGCCGCAGAUCAUCGUCAGCCCGUUCUCCGACAAACUCUACAACCUGCACGGACGGAAGGCUGUGCAUGCGGAAUAUCCCUCUGUGCUCGACAUCCUCACCGCCACCAGUUCGGUCAUCAUCAACUGUCUGAUCGACAUGAGGGGCAUCGAGUCCGUCCUCAUCAUCAAAGAGAAGGACGUGGCUCGGCGGGUGAUGCAGCAGAGCCGUCCCCCGAAGAACUGCAGGGAGGCGUUCACUGCCGAGGGGGACCAGGUUUUCCCCAACAGAUACUACACCUCCGACUUCAGCGUGGCCAAAUACCUCGGGGGGGACCUGGAGACUGAAAUCAGCGUGCUGGACUCGGACCUGGAGAACCUGCAGGCCCAGCUGAGCCGCUUCCACUUGCAGGUCUGCUGCGUGAGCGAAGACAUCAGGAGGAUGGAGAGCGGGCUGAACAGAACCAUCGUGACCCUCAAGAAGAACCUGGCUUCUGUGAAUCAGGUGAAAGCAUCGAUAUCAGAGCUGGAGGCGGCGGGGGAGGAGCUCAUCGAGGACAUCAGCGCCUUGGAGGAGGAGGCCAAGGAGAGUCUGCAGAAGAUGGAGGCGGAGCGGCAGGCGAUGCUGGAGGCCAAGGCGGAGCUGGAUAAACAUGGAGAGAGGCUGGAGGACGUGGAGUCGAGACACUCGUCGGUCAGAGAGAGACUCGACCGACUCUGUGAGGAGGGGGAGGCGAUGAAGGAGGAGCAGCAGAGGCUGGAGGCUGAGAGCAGCCAGCAUGAACAAAGCCUCCAGAUCUUAGAGAAGAAACUGAUGAGUCAUGAAGAAAACGUCAGAGAGAUGAAGAGUGUGCUCGCUCAGACAGAGGAAGAGUUACAGGAGUGUGUGCGUAAAGCGUCAGAGAUCAGUCCUCAGCGGCAGGUGGUGUCAUGCAGCAGCAGGAGUUUGGACACAGAAAUAACUCGCCUGCAGAGGAAAAUCAAAGUCUACGAGAGCAUUCACGGAGAGCAGCAGCAGGUGAUGAGGGAGUACGCUGAAGCGCUGUCUCUGUACAGACAGAAGAGCAAACAGGUGAGAGACCUGCGCAGGUUCAUCGACCGCCUCGAACAGAUCAUGUCCGACAGACAGAACAGAUACAAGGUGCUGAGGAGGUCUCUCUCAGUCAGGUGUAAGUUAUAUUUCCAUAGCUUCAUGAUAAAGAUGAACUGCUGCGGCUUCAUGAUCUUUGACCAUAACAACGAGACGCUCUCCAUCUCCGUGAUGCCCCCGGGCCGGGAGGAUGGGGUGGGAGUGAGUGACAUGCGCUCUUUGAGUGGGGGGGAGCGCUCAUUCUCCACCGUCUGCUUCAUGCUCUCUCUGUGGGAAAUCACUGAGUCUCCCUUCAGGUGCCUCGACGAGUUCGACGUGUACAUGGAUAUGCACAACCGGCGGAUCUCUCUGGACCUCCUGCUGGAGCUUUCUGAGCGGCAGACUCUCCGUCAGUUCAUCUUUGUCACUCCUCUCACCACCAGCAAUCUGCCAAAGUCCAGAAUGAUAAAGAUCCACAAGCUGCAGGAUCCAGAGAGGAUGUGCAGCGAAGCUCAGGAGGAGGAAGAAGAGGACGAAGAAGAAUAAAAGAGACAGACGUUAGCAUGGUGUGUGUGUGUGUGUUAAAGCUUUGCUAAUUGUGAUUCAGGAACCUUUUAAUAGUAAACCAGUUCAACUUAUCAAACGGGUUUCAGGUCAACAGUUCCCUAGUGGUGUGUAGAGCACUAUUUACAGUUAGGGUUAGGGUCAUACAGAAUGCAUUCGCUUGUUUCAGUAUUAAAGAGAGUUUAAGGAACCAUCAGUUCAUCUGAAGGUUGGGAAAUGUAACCGGAUCAGAGCUGGUGUAUUCAUUAUAGAUGGGGCUUUGUUGAACUCGUUAUAAUGCUAUACCGUAAUGUUUCCUGUACAGGUAUUGUUACAACCUAAGUCUUGUUCUGUCUGAAUCCCAAAUACAUGUGCUCUAAUAUGAUGUAAACACAUCUGCAUAUUUAAGAGGCUGGAAAUGGCAUUUAAAGACGGGAAACUGCUUCACAGUUGAUCAAUUGUCUCUACAUUUCCCUGCUGUGAAUGAUCAAAACCAGUGUUAAAAUAAAUCUAAAUGCUUUUGUUUUCCACA